CAUUUACUAACACGUAUUUGUCGCAUUUACCUCCCACCCGCAGCGCCCCACCUUGCUGUGAUGAGGCGCGUGACGAUGAGGGUGUGGCCCAGUCCAGCACGCGGGACUCCACCUUGUCGCGCUCCAGAAAACUUUGAGUUGCACGCAGGCGGGGUCUCACCGGUCUCGUGACAAGGCGGAGAGCUAAACUUUCUAAUUUCUUUUUUUUUUUUCCGCUAGUAACUUUUGGAAUUGACAAACAUACUUCCUUGUAUAAUUUCAGAGGAGAUUUGUUUCCCAAGUGAGGCCAAGUCGUAAUGUCCCGAUCAGACUUCCCACCUGGCUAUGAUGAAUCCAGGAACCCUCUGUAUAACCCUCAGGGUGGGAGUUACCCUCAGCCCCCAGCAUAUGGCUUCCCUGCCUAUGGUGGUCAGCCUCAACCAGCCCCAUACCCCACUGGUCCCAACAUGUACCCUGCUGGGCCUCAGCCCUUUGGUGCAUACCCAGGACAGCCUGGCAUGUAUCCCCAGUCUGGAGGACCGCAAGGCCCAGGCCAUCCUGCCACUGGAAUGCCACCCAUGUUGCCCCCAGUGCUUCCAGUGAUGCCUAUCUCUGACCCAGAGCCAGGAGGCAACGAGGGAUUUACAUCAUCGGGCAGUUGGGACAAUCAGUCAGUUCGGCAUGCUUUCAUCCGAAAAGUUUACACCAUUUUGGCAUUUCAGCUGCUUGUCACAUUUGCCAUUGUGGCUGUUUUUACAUUUGUGGAACCUGUUAAACUCUUCGUCAGCAGAAAUCCAGCUGUUUAUUGGGCUUCAUAUGCUGUCUAUUUCAUCACUCAUAUUGUUCUGGUCUGCUGUACAGGACCCAGGAGACGGUUUCCCUGGAAUAUAAUACUUCUUGCUGUCUUUACCCUUGCAAUGUCCUACAUGACAGGAACAAUAGCAAGUUACUAUAAUACUAAGGCAGUGUUACUGGCCUUUGGAAUAACAGUGAUUGUCUGCAUCUGUGUCACCGUGUUCUGCUUCCAAACCAAGGUCGAUUUUACCUCCUGUGGGGGAUUCUUCUGUGUCCUGGGUAUCGUUGUCAUGGUCACUGGCAUCAUCACGGCUAUUGUACUAUCCUUCAAAUACAUUUUUUGGCUUCACAUGCUGUAUGCAGCAAUUGGAGCUAUUGCUUUUACACUGUUUCUGGCAUACCACACCCAGCUCCUCAUAGGAAAUCGGAAGCAUUCCAUCAGCCCAGAAGAAUAUGUAUUUGGAGCACUCUCUCUCUAUGUGGAUGUCAUACAGAUCUUUGUGUUCCUCCUGCAAAUCAUUGGAGGGGCUUCUAGGAGUUAGGAAAUCCAAGAGUAGAGUCUAAAUGGUUUGUUAAUAGUUCACACAUUAACAUAUAUGUAUAUAAAACACAAUUUUUGUAAGAUUUAGAUGCCUGAAACACAAGUUUAACCAUUGUUGAAACUUCAGAAUGAUUUAUUUGGUAACUCUAACGUCUACAGUAUGAUUCUGGGCAAAAAGACUUAUUUUUAUAGAUCACAGUAAUCAGUUGCCAUGUAAAGAACUUUACAAAAGAGGACAAAUUCAAAUAUUAUAAUUUCCAUUUGUACAUAAUUUUUCUUAAAUUUCUGGAUUCCACAAGAAGUAACCCUUAUACUUGUGCAAAAUAUUCAGGAUAGAAAAAAAAGAUCAAUAGGAAAGCUGUCUGGGCACUUUAUAUUUUUCAUCUUGUUAUAAGUAUUAGAUGUUCUGCGUUUAUAACGGUGUUGCAUUUACCCACUAUGUUUGGACAUUCCUUAUUUUCUUUAAAAUAUAGUCUCAUGCUUUAUAUAUAUGUUUUACAGUAUUUUUCAGUUCUUUUGAGUAUAGUAUUCAGUACUGACUGCUACAAAUAAAGCUAAUUUCAAGGA